ACACUUAGCUAACAAUAGUUUCGAUUAAUUCAUCUUCCGCAACAUUUGUAGCCUCAUUAGAGCAAGAUGUUGAAUGCAUUGUGGGGAUAAAUGAGCGGCCCGUGAAGGCGAGCGUGGUGGCCUGUGGUCGCCAGCUGCCAGCAGCAGGCGGCCCACGAGGACGGUGGUCGGUAGAGGAGCGGCAGCCGCAGCGCCUCAGAUGAUGAUGAGUAGUGGCGGAGCGAGGUUCUGCGCGCGGCUCCUCCAUCCCUCCCUCCUACACCGCUUUUAAGUCACAUUUUCGAGGCCUGUGGGUGAAAUUAUUGGCAUGUUACACGAAUAUGAAACGCAGUGUGCUGCCCUGUGCACCGAUAUGUAACUUCCAAGUGCUCGGAGCGAAUUUGGAAGUUGUGAAAGUCUGCCGGAAAAGGCGCUUUUCUGUGCGUUUUGGUUCGCAGUGUUAAAACCGCCGCCCCUCCCCCCUUACCACCACCUGGUGCCUCCCCGCUGGAAAGGGGCAGAAAACCACCGCUCACGCCCUGGAAAAUGUGCUUGCGACCCCCGGACCGUGUGAUUCCUUGUGCGUCCCUCUGACCGACGACUAUGAAUCCUGAUUAGCGGCCUUCGGUUCCCAGUGCUCCGAGAGGGUUGGAUCAGAAUGUGUAGUGAGGCGGGUGCCGGCGUGACUUCGUGCCGCCCACACCACCAUGGAGGGCCGCGUGAGGAGGCCCCCGUGUCCACCACCACCACCACCACCAGCACUGUGGAGGAGGUGUGGAAUCAAACUCAGCGGCUGAUGGAGGAAUCUGAACAUCUCUUCAGGAUCAUGACCCACGUCUGUUCCCACCCGCGGUCCGGCGGCCCCACCUGUCUGUGUGUCGCCCAGUACUCUCAAGGUUGUUGGCGACGAUGCAGUGUGGACGACGCCGAGGACGACAGACGAGGUGUCCAGCAGCAGCAGCAGCAGCAGCACUCCGCCUGUUGUGAGGGGUGCAUGGGCCCCUGCAGGACCCAGCAGAAGGCGAGGGUGCAGCAGCAGCAACAACACCAACAAUACCAGGGGGAGGAAGAGCCGUGCCGAUGUCGGGGUCCAGGGCCUCGGUGGCGAUGGCGGCGGGGCGGGUGUCAGUGUGGGCAGUGUGAGGACUGUAUCAAUAUGGACACCUGGGGCGGGACGGGUCUGUCUCCCGCCCACCAGUGCUACUGCCCCGCUCCCACCACGCCCACGCCGCCCACCUCCACCACCUCCACCUCAACCCCAACCUACACUACCACACCUAACACCACCACUACCACCACCACCACCACCAAAACCCCCGCCGCCGCCUCCACACCCGCGCGCAGGUGGAGAAGCGGCGGCCUGCCCUCGCCCCCUUCGAUACUCACCGUGCUCCUACUACUAGUCGCCGCCCUAGCCAGGUUCACAGAGGGGUGCUCCUCCCGCUCCACGCCCAAGCCUCGGCCGCCGUCACCCACCAUGCGGCCCAACAUAACAUUCCAAACCUUUGCCUGCCCGCCCGCCUACGCCGCCUGGUACUGCCUCAACGGCGCCACCUGCUUUACCGUCAAGAUUGGGGAGUCUAUUCUCUACAACUGCGAGUGUGCUGACGGCUACAUGGGCCAGCGGUGUGAAUUCAAGGACCUGGAUGGGUCAUACCUCCACACGCGGGAGAAGGUGCUGCUGGAGACUGCUUCCAUUGCCGGGGGCGCCACUGUGGCCUGUGUGCUGGUGUUUGUGGUGCUCUUUGCUGUGUACGUCUUCAUGCAGAAGGACAAGGACAAGCGCUGCAGGGACUUGGACAACGGACGAGACAACGACCAGCAGCCAUUCUCAGGCUACAAACACCCUCGCCCUGAAAUAAUUCGAACAAUUACCAACCCUUAUGCCCGCACUUUAGAGGACCUAAGCUAUGUAGAAGUGCAGCCCUCAAAGCCUGCUACCAGCCCAGGGGAUAAAAAAGAGGCCAUCAGUUCCUCCACUGUACCUGUCAGUGACACCUGCAGCCCCAGCAGUGGCCCCUCAUAGUGACACAGCUGCCUCACUCCCCAGCCCUGCCCUCACACAUCUGUUGCUUUGUGAAUGUUACAUGCAUGACCUGGAGGACAUUAUUUAAGCCUUUACUUGCUGCACAGAGUAGUGUGAACUUCUCUUGGUGCUUAAUAAUUACUCAUCCAACUUAGAUGUCUCAUUUUGUUAGCUUAGGAGGGAUUACUGAGUAGCAUGUAUGUGGCUGGCUACUCUGGCCAACCAAAUUGUAGACACACAAAAUUUUUAUGUCCUCUCUAUGUGAGUGGGUGAUAGGCAUUUAGCUAAGUGUGCACAGCCUGUGUUGCUGCUGAUGGUGAAUGUGACACAUACUCAGUUAUCUCAAGAUGCCUGCUGUGCUGUCUUUUAGAUUCAGAGUAAUAUAUAUAUAAUAUUUUAGUGUCUACCAUAUAUAUGGUCUGCCUUGUGUACAUAUGGAUAGCAGUGUUCUUCAAGGUGCCUGUCUGCACACAUGCCCUCCAUAAGUAGGCAUAAGGGCUGCUUUAGUUAUCACAAACAUCCACUGUCUCAUGUACUAGGCCAGGCCCUGGUUCAUCCCACGAUGAAGUAGGUCACCUCGAGUAUACUUCUCUUGUGUCACAACCGUCCAGAUGGUACUUAUGUAAUUUAAUUUAUAUGUAGAAUCCAAAGAUUAACAGCAUUCAUUUAUGUAGCCUUUUAUGCUUGUAUGUAAAGGUUUAGGUGCACAGUUUAUUUUCUUAUAUGUGUUUCUCAUUUUCUUUACAUGCUGUGCUUUGAUAUUGUAUCACUGUACAUUCCCAGCUUAACAGUUACCCUUAUGUAAGGGUCUGGCAGGCCUUUAGCCACCUAUUCCAGACAAUUCCAUUAGGUCCGUUCCAGUGCUGUGGACUCCAGUAGUGGUCGUUGUUUUCAGGACAUCUGCAGACUUACACUGAAAUAAGGUUUGAAUUUUGCUUUAGAAUCAGUGUGACAUUAUACAGUGUUGUUGUGGCCAGAGUGACCAUUAUAUGAAAGAGUUGACUGCACCUACUGUAGUCUCAAACGCCACAGUCGAGUUCUUCAGGAUCAUUUUAAUGAUACUUUUCAGGAUGACUCUUGUCUCCUCUGUUCUCAGUUAGUCUUUUCAUUUUUUUCUUUAUUUUUAUUAUUAUUAUUAUUAUUAUUAUUAUUUAUUUUUUUUUUUAUGGUUGUUGUUGAUAGAGCAAGAAUGCUCUAGAGCCAGAGCAUUAUAUAGACUCCCUGACAUGGGGCAGUGUAAGUGUGUUUUGUUAUUUAUCUGUGUUUGUGUUUAGCACUGCCAGCCAGCCAGCCAGCCAGCCAGCAUUAUACGUUAUUACUUUGUAUUAUGGAUUUCCAGUUUUAGGGUAGGAAGACAGUGUACAUAUUGUAAAGAACCCAAACAGAACUGGGGGUGAGGUUGCCAGAGUUGCUGUGUGAUGAUCUUGAUGUUGCUUCAUGUUUCCACUUGAUUAUUGCAUUUAGCUCCCCUCCUCAUUUUCCUGAGUAACUCUGGUAACUUUUCCUGGAGGAGCUAUAUACUGCUUAGUUUGUAACAUUUGUAUAUAAAACUAGCAAAUUAUUUGCUUAACGCUGUUCAGCUUUUUGUGUAAGAUUCCUUGAUUUUUUUUGUAACUUUUGAUUAUUCCUGAUAGAGUAUUGAUUAUUGCAAAACAUUAUAUAUUGUAAGGUCAGAUUUCCAAGUGAAUGAGUCACUCUGAGCACUGCUACCGCAUUAAUAUACCUCGCAAGUUGUUCUGGGUAUGAAGAUGUUUUUAUUAUCUUGUAGUUAUUUGUGUCUUUAUCACGGAUGAACUAUUUCACAGUUAUUACUUCUGUUGUUCUGUUUCACUACUUGGCACUGUUCUUGCUUACUGGUGCUCACAAGCUGCUGGCAUUCAUUUUAUUGGAUGGAAAGUUACAAUGUUUAGAGGCUGUUUCCCUUCAUACUGAGAACAAUUUAAUUAGUAGCAAUGCUCAAGGUGAUGACAAUUCUUUGGGUCAAUAGUGUCAAGAUUCCCUGGAACUGCAUAUCAAAUUCUUAGCAGUUAGUUACUGCAGUUGUGAAUGGGCAUAACACAGCUUGUGAAGGUUCCUAUCGUGGUGUAAUUGUAAUUUUUUAGGGGUAUUUCCUAAGGCAACUUGUGCUCAGUAUGUCACAAAGGUGGUCUACUUACAAAAGUUGUUCCUCUGAGGAAUAGUGUUAGUAGCAUUUAGCAACCCACCAUGUUUAUGUGCUUGUCAGUCAGUGUAAAGCUUCAGUAUUUUCUUGCCUCUCCCCUGAUCAUGAAUAUACCUGGCUUCCAUGUUGACCCCCAGAGGAAUACUAGUACUUAGUUGUCACCCUUGUGUGGAGGCGUUGUUGUCGACACUGCAGUGUUGUGAGGUGUGUUGUGUCCAAAGAGUCAGUCCCAGUAAGCACCCUUGCAUUGUUUGCAUCAUUAGAGCCUUUUGUUUGUAGCAAGCUAGAUGGAGCAACAUGAGAAAAAAAUCUGAGCCACAAAAUAGUAUUUAACAUUCAGUAAAUGCAGAAUCCACAUUGAAGGGAUAGGGGCCUUUGGUGUUUCUCUUGCCUCACUACCUCUGAUAUGCCUUGCUAGUCCACAAAAAGCAGCUUUAACAUCAUAUGCAGAUACUCAGUCCUGUACACUGUGCAGGGUUUGCACUUUAGUUGUCACUACACCAGUUUACAGUAUUUUCCCCAUAGGGCCAGGAAACCAUUUAGGAAGCUAUAAUGCAAGUUGCAUAAUUUUAGGUAACCAUAAAUAUUAUAUUUUCUUGCUUCCCUGUACCUUUACUCUGAGGCUAUUUGGUAACUUAUGUUUGAUGUGGAUUUUUUAAGAAAAGUGUAAGUUUCCUAGAUGUAUUAAGUAAUUGUACUUUUUUUAAUCCAGAUUGUGGAUUUUCCAAAAAUGUUGAGGUGUACUUCUCAAACACGCUGAGUAAGAGUUGUACAUCUCCACCUUGACCACUUGUGUAGUGCUGUAGUUCAGACUAUUAUUCACAGUACCCUAGGUUACUGUCUUUGUGAAUGUGAAUGAUGAAAAAUAAAACCUAAAUUUAUCAGGCAUAGGCAAAAUUCCUUGUUCUGAAAUGAGAGGCAAAAUAAAGCAUCUUGCGAGCAUUUCCAAAGAUAGAGUGGAUGUUGCCUCACAUACACACACACACAUCCUUAAAGGAAGCAAGUAAUGUUGAUGUGCUUCUGUCCACCACCAGUAGACUAAAGUGCACCUCUGGAUUCUGUUUCCUCUUGUCUCAGUAAAACCUUAGAGUGCAUUAACACGUGUCUGGCUACGGAGAGGCACCAAGCUAGCGGGUUGUAUUACUGAAUUAGAAGAUAAUCGGUGAAUGUAGAUUAACGUGUCAUAUAAGCAGUCUUGUGUUUUAUUAUUUUUAUGUAAAAACAAGAAUCCCUCGUACAUUUUUCAAGAUUAAAAAUAAUGUUUUGAUUCCAGUUGAUUGUAGCUUUAUUAACAAAAGGGACUUGGAAAUGAAUGAUAGCAGCUGAUUGUCUGUACAGGAAAAUGAAACAAUAUUGUUAUCUAGUGUAUUUUAUUUUAUCAAGUUACUGUCCAUAGAUGAAAUAAAGAAUUUGUUACAGCAGGCA